CCUCCUGGAAACUCAUUGCAGUCCGUACUCACGCUUAUGCGGCAUGUUGCACUGUAUUGUGCUGUCUUCAACUCAAGUGUUCUAGCGGUCGUCAAAAAUUAGAGCAGAGAGACCACACAUAUUACGUAACGCAAUGACCUGGUGCCGUGAUCCCGGACUUUGGUGUCUACAGUUGCAUAAGCCCAGUCUGUGUGGGGAAACAAUCAGUGGGGAAUAGCAUGCAAAGAUCAAUGACCACUCAGGCGACAGAGGUAGCUGGCAUGAUCAUCAUCCUCCCAAUCGAUUUAGGUGUUCUGUUAAGCUGUCAUUUCCGUCCGUUGUGCCACUGUUUUUAUCUUCAUUCAACAUUUUUGGAAAAGAAAAAGUCCAAAACUCGGGUACAGGAUGCGUUGUACAGAACACUUGACGAGUUCUGCGGAAAAGCCUGGACGUACGGCAGCAUGUUCAAGUUCAACUUCGAGCUAGAUGAAGCAGAAGUCGAUAACGAAUUCGGCGGUACUGCCUCCUCCUUCUUAGAUGGCUGUCCGAUCAAUGUAGAGGCAGGACCUAGCAGACCUCGGGCUGUGAUGCCAUGCCAUACGGUCUCGUUAGAUCAGCUUCUGGACCGUCUACCGGAUAAGAUUUCGUAUUCGCCCAUUGCGAUACCUGGUAGUCGAUCCCUGCUUCGGAGAGAUCUUUUCGACGCUAGGUUUCAGCUUGCCAGCGAACAUAAUACUGCACCCCAUUCUGACCCCGUGAAUGGAGCAUCAACGGAAUCUGACCUGCCGCCCGAGGCUGGAGGUGAGAACCAAGGCGAAGGAGUCAUCGAUGUUCACUCGGAUCUCAUCCCUGGCUUUUACGAGGGUGGCCUAAAGACUUGGGAAGGAGGUGUUGACUUGGUAGAGGUGUUGAGCGAGGUGAAGGACAUAGCGGACUGGAUCAGAGGAAGUUCAAUCCUAGAGGUCGGCUGUGGGACAUCACUCCCGACAUCGUUUCUUUUGGGAAGGAUCUUGUCGACGCCUGGCAGCUCGAGCUCUCGAACAACUUUCAGACUACAAGACUACAAUCUGUCCGUCUUAUCCCUCGUAACGCUGCCCAAUCUGUUGCUCGCGGCAUUACCCCAUAUCCCUCCAGACUCGCUCUUGCCAGCGGAACAAGUCGAGGACGUGGAGCAAGUCUUACCUGAUCUCGAUGCCUCUGGCGAGUUGGUCAUCUCGCCAGAGCUUAAGCAAGGCUUCAAGAUGCUGCUUCAGAAGUGUCAUGUGGAUCUCUUAUUUGAUUACGGAGCAUGGUCAGGGCUCGUCGAGAAUCUCAAGAGUGCCCCUCAACAGCGGUUUGAUCUCAUUUUGACUUCCGAGACCAUCUAUUCGGAAGAUUCAGUCGAUGAUCUGAUGGACGUCUUGAGAAUCGGGUCGACCGGCACUGCAUCACGAGAAGAACAUGGUGAUAAGCAACACACCGCUGUCGAGUUGGCGGACAGCAUAGCUGACUUGAGCGUACGCGACAGGUGGGAUUUAUUACCACUACGCGAACAAUCAAGCGCGGUCAUCCUCGUUGGAGCCAAGGUGCUCUACUUUGGCGUAGGCGGAGGUCUACAGGCAUUCUUGGAUGCCGUCAAAGCCAAUGGCGGAUGGUAUGAAACAAUCAAGGGUUGGACAGCCGGUGUAGGUCGAAAGGUGGUCAGGGUAGGAUGGUGAGGUGGGCGAGACACCUCCCUCGCAUUUGCUGUGGGGAGGGAGAGAGAGAGGAGUCUGGCCAAGAUGCAAUGCGGGCGGAUAAGGGGUGUAUUGCAAUAUGUGUUCCGGACCUCAUGAGAUGCGUGUGUGUCUCGCUCUCAU